AUGUAUAUGGCCAACAGCAGUAGAAUGAAUGAAUUCAUACUCUUGGGAUUAACUGACAACCCAGAGCUGCAAGUCCCUCUGUUCAUAAUGUUCAGUCUCAUCUAUCUUAUCACACUGAUUGGGAACCUGGGCAUGAUGGUGUUGAUCUGGCUGGACUCCUGCCUCCACACCCCCAUGUAUAUUUUCCUCAGUCAGCUCUCUUUGGCAGACUGUGUUUACUCCUCCUCUGUGACUCCAAAUGUGAUGGCUGGGCUUCUCACAGGGGAUAAAGUUAUCUCCUAUGGAGGAUGUGUUACUCAAAUGUUCUUCUUUGUGACUUUUGCCAGUGUUGACUGCUUCCUACUUGCUGUCAUGGCUUUUGACAGGCAUGCUGCAGUGUGCAAGCCCUUACAUUACACCACAACUAUGACAGCUAGUAUGUGUGCUUACAUGGUGAUUGGCUGUUAUGUGUUCAGUUUAGCUGAAUCUUCUAUCUACAUUGGGUUUAUCUUUGAUCUCUCCUUCUGCCAUUCCAAUGUGAUUCAUCACUUUUUUUGUGAUAUCCCUCCAAUUUUAAAUCUUUCCUGCUCUGAUAUAUAUACAAAUGAGAUUGUGCUCUUUAUCAUAACAUCCUUCAAUGUCUUGUUUUCUCUGAUAAUUAUCUUGAACUCCUAUGCAUUUAUAUUCAUUGCUAUUCUGAGGAUGCGUUCAGCAGAAGGACGGAAGAAGGCCUUCUCUACUUGUGCAUCCCACCUCACUGCUGUCACCAUAUUUUAUGGAACUAUAAUCUUCAUGUAUCUACAGCCCAGUUCUAGUCAUUCCAUGGACAAUGAUCAAAUGGCAUCUGUUUUCUAUACCAUAGUAAUUCCGAUGUUGAACCCAGUUGUCUAUAGCUUAAGGAAUAAAGAGGUUCAUAAUGCCUUCAAGAAAGCCACUGAGAAAUUGAAGUCUGCGCAACACCUAUUUCUAAUUAGAGAUUUAUACAGUUUAUAUAAUUAA